AUGAACCAACUGGGCACCGCUGAGUGACGUGUAAGCAACCAGAAAACUAAUUUAAUUGUUUUUUCCGAGGAUUUUAACAAAUAUUCGACGAUAAUGGGUUCGUUCCGCCGCGACAAAGACGAGGAGGAUGACGCAGGACCGAGCAAUGCGUACCAGAAUCUGGAAAAGACUUCCGUCCUUCAGGAGACGCGCACCUUCAAUGAGACGCCGGUGAACGCUAGGAAGUGCAUCCACAUUCUUACUAAGAUAUUGUACCUGAUCAACCAGGGGGAGCAGCUCGUGGCCCGCGAGGCCACCGACUGCUUCUUUGCGAUGACAAAGCUCUUCCAGUCGAAGGAUGUCGUACUUCGCCGUAUGGUCUAUUUGGGCAUCAAGGAGCUGAGCUCCAUUGCCGAAGACGUGAUCAUCGUAACUAGCUCGCUGACGAAGGACAUGACUGGCAAGGAGGAUCUUUACCGGGCAGCCGCUAUCCGUGCUUUGUGUAGCAUUACGGACAGCACCAUGUUGCAGGCUGUGGAGCGCUAUAUGAAGCAGUGUAUCGUUGACAAGAACGCUGCAGUGUCUUGCGCCGCUCUGGUGAGCUCCCUUAGACUUGCCAGCACCGCCGGAGAUGUAGUCAAGAGGUGGGCAAACGAGGCUCAGGAGGCCCUGAACAGCGACAAUAUCAUGGUGCAGUACCACGCUCUGGGCCUGCUCUACCACAUACGCAAGUCGGAUCGUUUGGCAGUAUCCAAGUUGGUCAACAAGCUUACCAGAGGAUCGCUGAAGAGUCCCUACGCAGUGUGCAUGCUGAUUCGCAUUGCCUGCAAAUUGAUCGAAGAGGAGGACAUUCCUUCCGAGGAGCUAUCCGAUUCGCCCCUGUUUACCUUCAUCGAGUCCUGUCUGCGCCACAAGAGCGAGAUGGUCAUCUACGAGGCCGCGCACGCCAUUGUCAAUCUGAAAAACACCAAUCCGCGAAUGCUUUCGCCGGCAUUCUCCAUCCUCCAGCUGUUUUGCAGCUCGCCGAAGGCUACGCUUCGCUUCGCUGCGGUGCGCACGCUUAACAAGGUGGCCAUGACACACCCGGCAGCGGUGACCACCUGCAACCUGGAUCUGGAGGGUCUCAUCACAGACUCCAACCGAUCAGUGGCCACGCUGGCCAUUACGACGCUGCUGAAAACCGGCGCCGAGUCGUCGGUGGAGCGCCUAAUGAAGCAGAUCUCCACGUUUGUGGCAGAGAUUUCCGAUGAGUUUAAGGUGGUGGUCGUACAAGCCAUUUGCGCCCUGUGCACCAAGUAUCCGCGCAAGCAUACUGUUCUUAUGAAUUUUCUUAGCGGAAUGCUGCGCGAGGAGGGCGGCCUAGAGUACAAGACCUCCAUUGUGGAUACCAUCAUUACGAUUAUCGAAGAGAACGUAGAUGCCAAGGAGUCCGGCUUGUCGCAUCUAUGCGAGUUCAUCGAGGACUGCGAGCACGUUUCGCUGGCGGUAAGGAUUCUCCACCUGUUGGGCAAAGAGGGUCCCUUUGCUGCCACGCCUUCAAAGUACAUUAGGUUCAUCUACAACCGCGUAAUUCUGGAAAGCCCGAUUGUGCGUGCAGCCGCGGUUACUGCAAUGGCUCAGUUUGGAGCCUCUUGCCCGGCUCUGCUCAGCAAUAUACUCGUCUUGCUGGGUCGCUGCCAGAUGGAUCCGGACGACGAGGUGCGGGACAGGGCCACAUACUACCUGAGCAUCCUCAACUCGGAGAGGCCGGAGCUCUACAAGAACUACAUCAUCGAACGGGAAAACUGUUCUCUGGCUCUGCUAGAGAAAUCACUGGUCGACCAUCUGAAUGGCGACCUGGAGACUCGCUUCGACAUUUCCAUUGUGCCCAAGGCGGCUAUCGUGAAACCGGUCGUUGCCAAUGAUGUCAUGCUGGUCACCAGCAGCGCACCACGGCCGCCGAAGAUAACGCGCGAGGAGGAAAGCGCCGCCCGCCUGGCCCAGUUGCCUGGCAUCCAAGUGCUCGGACCCAUUCACCGCAGUACCGCUCCGAUACAGCUUACCGAAAGCGAAACAGAGUACACGGUGCAGUGCAUUAAACACAUCUUCGGCCAGCACGUGGUCUUCCAGUUUGAUUGUUUAAACACCCUGUCUGAUCAGUUCCUGGAAAAUGUUAGGGUGGAGCUUACGCUACCGGAAGGGUUCACUACCAGAGCGGUCAUUCCGUGCCCCAAGCUUCCCUACAACGAGCUGCAGACAACAUUCGUCAUAGUGGAAUUCCCGCCAGAUGCAGCAAGUUCCAUAGCAACCUUUGGCGCAACCUUGCGAUUUGUCGUGAAGGACUGUGAUCCCAACACCGGAGAGCCUGACUCGGAUGAAGGCUACGAUGAUGAGUAUAUGCUGGAGGAUCUUGAACUUACUGUUGCAGAUCAGAUACAAAAAACCAAGAAGAGCAACUUCCAAGUGGCAUGGGAUGCUGCCGAUAGCGAAGAGUGGCUGCAAGCCGAAGACACGUUUGUGCUGUCAGCAGUUAAUACUUUGCAAGAUGCGGUCAACACUAUAGUGAAGAUACUGGGAUUGGGCGCAGCAAAUCUUUCGGAGAAGGUACCCGAGGGCACCCACCUGCAUACGUUGCUCUGUUCAGGCACCUUCAGAGGCGGCGCCGAGAUUCUGGUCCGAGCUAAAUUGGCACUUUCAGAGGGCGUUACGCUGAAUCUGACCGUGCGCAGCACAGAUCAGGACGUGGCGGAGCUCAUAACAGCGGCUAUUGGAUAAGACAGCGAGCCAUGCAGGAAUCUCGUUUGGUUCCUGCGUGCUGUCAACAUAAUCUAAACUCCUCUACGAACCAGAAAAUGCUACACUUAAUCAAAAAUAUAAUUUGUACCCUUAAGUGACCGUCUCUGUAAUAUUUUUAGAAUCCUUUUCCACAACUCGGCAUGUGCAACAUUGAGUAUUGUUACUGCCCAUUUCCAAAAAGUUCAUGUAGCUCCAGCGAUGCAUCCUUCGACAUGUAUCUAUGUAUGUUAUAUUAUGCCCCAUUAGCCUGUGCAUUUAGCCUAAGUAUGGAUACAAAAAAAUUAAAAAUUCGAUUAUAUGCAAUGCAAACGGA